UACCAAUAAAAGAGUUAAAAGUGCGACGCUCUAUUGUUUUCCAACAUGUUGGUAAUGAAAUAACAAACUUCCAUAAUACGAAAGUUUGUAAGAAAACUUAUUGCAUGUAAGUAUAUCGGCGUAAUUAUUUUAAUUUUUAAAUUACAAUGAAUGAUGAGAAGAAUCAAACAAUGGAAAUUGAAGAUCUAACUAUUGAAAAAUAUGAAUGGGGGAAUAAAAUAUUGACAGUACGUGAAAAUAAAAUUAUUCAUAAAAAAUUACAAAGCGAUCCUGAUUUUGCGUCGAGAUAUUUUUCGAAAUUCGUCGGUCCAGAAAAUGACAAUAAUGAAGAAUCAAAAAUUUCUUCGGAAGAAGAAUUUUGUGAAGAUCUUGUUUGGAGUUAUGAUGCAGUGAAGCUAUUAGUCAAUGAAUACCAAAAUCGUCUCCAUCGAUUUAACAACCCAAAAAUUAAAAACAACCGGUUGUGGAAGGAAAUUGCUGAGGUAUUUAAAAAACAAAAUAAACCUUAUCCAGUACGAGCUAUAAGUCGAAAAUUUUUCAAUAUGAAGACAACUUAUUAUAAAAUAACAAAAAAUAAACGGAGAAUUAAAGUUGGACGCAGACCAUGGCCGUGGAUCAAAGCGAUGGAAGAGAUUUUAAAAAAAGAUAAUUCUGCCAAUUUAACUAAUGAUAAAAUUACAGUUGCUGAAAAAAGUGAUAAUAAUGAAAAUACAACAACAGUUGAAUCUACAGUGGAACCAAAUAAGUUAUCUAGCAAUAAUCCCACUGAUCCAAUUGAAUCAACAAAUAAUUCUAGUAGUGAAGGGAAUGCUGAAAACAAAGAUGACUGGGAGAUGAUUGAUGACACGUCAAACUUCUCAUCAUCUUUGGGAAUUUCUUCAGACCAUGAUUUUAAUUCAAGCAACAGCCAAAAUUUACCAAAAGAUAUUUCAGACUAUAAAACAAAAAUGCUUGAUUUAAAGACAGAAGAAGUUAAAAUUUUAAAACUUAUUCAUAAAGACGUAGACGACGAUCGUUAUUCCAAAAUGGAAGUUGUUAGUGAGCUGACCACGGCUAUCAAGGAACAUAAUGUUAUUCUUAAAGAACUUAUAGAUGUCUUAAAAGAACGACUUCUUAAUAAGUAAUUGGAUACUUGAUUUUUUUUUUAUUAAUUACGAUUCAUUUUUAUAUUCAGUAACAAUAUUUUUGCUUGAAAGAUUAGUCUUAUUAUCUUUUAAAUAAGUUCAAUUUCCAUAUGAUAAGUCAUUUGACUAAAAAUACUAGUCAGUAAUUAAAUAUAAUGAAUGUAAUAUCUAAGUAUUUAUUUGAUAUUUAUAAAAAAUUAAAUAUAAGCUAUA